AUGGGCAAGGGACUCAAGAAGCACCAGAAGCGCCUUAGCGCGCCUUCGCACUGGCUCCUGGACAAGCUGUCCGGAACCUACGCGCCCCGCCCCUCGGCCGGUCCUCACAAGCUCCGCGACUGCCUGCCGCUCAUCGUCUUCCUGCGUAACCGCCUCAAGUACGCGCUCAACUUCCGCGAGACCAGAUCCAUCAUGAUGCAGCGCCUCAUCAAGGUCGACGGCAAGGUCCGCACCGACAUCACCUACCCCGCCGGCUUCAUGGAUGUCAUCACCAUCGAGAAGACGGGCGAGAACUUCCGCCUCAUCUACGACACCAAGGGCCGCUUCACCGUCCACCGUAUCCAGGCCGAGGAGGCCGAGUACAAGCUCGGCAAGGUCAAGCGCGUCCAGCUCGGCCGCGGUGGAAUCCCAUUCUUGGUCACGCACGAUGCGAGAACCAUCCGCUACCCUGACCCCCUCAUCAAGGUCAACGACACCGUCAAGAUUGACCUGAAGACUGGCAAGAUCCAGGACUUCAUCAAGUUCGACACUGGCUCCAUCGCCAUGGUCACUGGUGGUCGCAACAUGGGUCGUGUCGGUGUCAUCACCCACCGUGAGCGCCACGACGGAGGUUUCAACAUCGUCCACAUCAAGGACGCCAUUGACAACACCUUCGCCACCCGCGAGUCCAACGUCUUCGUCAUCGGCUCCGAGAAGCCCUGGAUCUCCCUGCCCAAGGGCAAGGGUGUCAAGCUCACCAUCGCCGAGGAGCGUGACCGCCGCCGCGCCAACGCCCUCGCCGGCAACUAA